UUCGUUGUCUUGAAAGGUGGUUGUGCCAUCUUCUGCUUUUAAAACAGGAAACUGCUCCCGUUCUCCCGUCGCCUCCACUCUCGACCUCAUUCCCCUUCAUCGGUAAUCAUGGCGACGGCGCGUGGAGGCUUCGCGAUUCCUCUCUUGCUAUCGGUCCUGGUGCUUUCAUUGGUUUUCUCGGCCUCCGCUGCCGCCGAUGGCUUGAUUCGCAUUGGGUUGAGGAAAAAAGCUUUGGAUGAGAACAGCCGGCUUGCUGGCCGACUUUUGGAGAAGGAAGGGAAGGCUUUGAUGGGGCCAAGGUACGGAUUAAGAGGCGGUCUUGAGAGUAAUGAUGAAGAUGCGGACAUUAUUUCUCUCAAGAACUACAUGAACGCGCAGUACUUUGGGGAGAUUGGCAUUGGUACCCCUGCGCAGAAGUUUACCGUGAUUUUUGACACGGGUAGCUCGAACCUGUGGGUUCCUUCUUCAAAAUGCUACUUCUCGAUUGCUUGCUAUUUCCAUUCCAAGUACAAGUCGAGCCAAUCAAGCACCUAUGAGAAGAAUGGGAAGACUGCAGAAAUCCAUUAUGGUACUGGAUCAAUUUCUGGUUUCUUUAGUGGAGAUCAUGUUGCUCUUGGUGACUUGGUUGUUAAAGAUCAGGAUUUUAUUGAAGCCACCAGAGAGCCAGGGGUCACAUUCCUCGCUGCAAAAUUUGAUGGCAUACUUGGACUUGGAUUUAAGGAAAUAUCAGUUGGGGAUGUUACACCUGUCUGGUAUAAUUUGGUCAAGCAAGGUCUUAUUAAAGAACCUGUUUUCUCAUUCUGGUUUAACCGAAAUGCUGAGGAAGGGGAAGGAGGUGAAAUUGUCUUUGGAGGAGUUGACCCAAAUCAUUAUGAGGGUGAUCAUGUCUAUGUUCCUGUUACACAGAAAGGUUACUGGCAGUUUAACAUGGGAGAUGUGCUUAUUGGUGAUGAAUCUACUGGUUUUUGUGCUGGUGGUUGUGCGGCAAUUGCAGAUUCUGGAACAUCUUUGAUUGCUGGUCCAACGACUGUUAUUACAGAAAUUAAUCAAAAAAUUGGAGCUUCUGGUGUGGUUUCCCAAGAGUGCAAGGCAGUAGUAGCUCAAUAUGGGCAACAGAUUCUUGCAAAGUUGAUGUCACAGACACAACCAUCUAAAAUUUGCUCUCAGGUUGGUCUGUGUACAUUUGAUGGAACUCAUGGAGUUAGCAUUGGCAUUGAGAGUGUAAUCAAUGAGAAUGAGGAUGCUUCAGCUGGUCUGCAUAGUGAUGGUAUGUGCCAUGCUUGUGAGAUGGCAGUUGUAUGGAUGCAGAAUCAGCUAAGACUGAACCAGACACAAGAAAGCAUAUUAAAUUACAUCAACGAGCUAUGUGAGCGACUGCCUAGCCCGAUGGGAGAAUCAUCUGUGGAUUGUGCAUCUGUAGCUUCCAUGCCCAGUGUCUCUUUCACUAUCGGUGAUAAGACAUUUGAGCUUAAACCAGAGCAGUACAUUCUCAAGGUUGGCCAGGGCACUGCAGCACAGUGCAUCAGCGGGUUCACAGCCUUGGAUGUUCCACCACCACGAGGCCCUCUCUGGAUACUGGGAGAUGUCUUCAUGGGAGUUUAUCAUACCGUAUUCGACUAUGGCAAUCUGAGAGUUGGCUUCGCACCAGCAACAUAGGCAAAAAAAAUAAAAGGAUAAACUCCGUUCCGGAAGACUGAUUAUGUUUGAUAUGGUCUACGUACAUAAAGCUGUACCCCUCCCUAUUCACUAUUUCAUUGUAAUAACUUAUCUUCUCUGGCACUGGAAGUGGUGUUUUACUCUGGCACUGGAGUGACCGAAUGGAGACCGUCGAUGCUUCGGUACAACAGCUCCCACUUGCAGACUUAAUGUACAUGGUCCCUUUUUUUCUCUA